GCACGCGAAGAGGCUCUUAUGCCGUUUGAUCGCCUGUCACCGCUCCCCACCCCCACGCCACCCUGAGAGGAACCGGACCCUUUCCGCGUGUUGGACUUGUCUGUCUGAGCAUCACCUCUUCCCGGCUCCAUGGGGACCACAGAAGCCACACUCCGUAUGGAAAACGUGGAUGUGAAGGAAGAAUGGCAGGACGAGGACUUCCCCAGGCCUCUCCCGGAAGAGAACGGGAUGGACUCGCGGGGCGGCCCCCCCGGAGACGCUGCUUCGCCCCCAAAUACUCUGAACUUCAACGGGGCGCACCGUAAAAGAAAGACGCUUGUGGCUCCGGAGAUCAACAUCUCCCUGGAUCAGAGCGAGGGCUCUUUGCUGUCCGACGACUUCCUGGACACGCCGGAUGACCUGGACAUCAACGUGGAUGACAUCGAGACACCUGACGAGACGGACUCCCUGGAAUUCCUGGGCAAUGGCAACGAGUUGGAAUGGGAAGAUGACACCCCCGUGGCCACUGCCAAGAACAUGCCGGGGGACAGCGCUGAUCUGUUCGGGGACGGCGCCGCGGAGGACGGCGCUGCAGCCAACGGGCGCUUGUGGCGGACGGUCAUCAUCGGGGAGCAGGAGCACCGCAUCGACCUGCACAUGAUUCGGCCGUACAUGAAGGUGGUGACCCACGGAGGGUACUACGGUGAAGGCCUCAACGCCAUCAUCGUCUUUGCGGCCUGCUUCCUCCCAGACAGCGGCGCCCCGGACUACCACUACAUCAUGGAGAACCUCUUCCUGUACGUCAUCAGCAGCCUGGAACUCCUUGUGGCGGAGGACUACAUGAUCGUGUACCUGAAUGGCGCCACGCCCCGGCGGAGGAUGCCCGGCAUCGGCUGGCUGAAGAAGUGCUACCAGAUGAUCGACCGCAGGCUGAGGAAAAACUUGAAGUCCUUAAUCAUUGUCCACCCCUCCUGGUUCAUCCGCACGGUGCUGGCCAUCUCCCGCCCUUUCAUCAGCGUGAAGUUCAUCAACAAGAUCCAGUACGUGCACAGCCUGGAGGACCUGGAGCAGCUCAUCCCCAUGGAGCACGUGCAGAUCCCAGACUGCGUCCUGCAGUACGAGGAGGAAAGGAUCAAGGCCAGGAGGGAGAGUACAAGACCCCUGCCAGAGUUUGUCCCACCCGGGUCUGAAGAGAAGGCGGAGACUGAGGCAGCAGCUGUGGCCACAGAGGCAGAGGUGGCAGAGAGCAGGUGCCUCCAGGCGGACCCUAGCCGUCCACCUUCCCAUGAGCAGCUGCGUGCAUCCACGUGUGCUGGACAGAUGGACAAGCAGCUCACACCUCUUUCCUCACCCGCAGCUCAGCUCCCAUCCGAGGAGGGCAGGACACAAGCAUGUCCUGAGGUGAAAUGAGCGCGGAGAAGGACACGCAUGGAGACUCCAGGUGCCAAGACUCAUCUGUCGACUGCCCUCUGGCCCAAACUCAUCCCUCCUCACCCCGACUUUGAUCCCGGGAUGCCAGGCUCUCCCACCCGCCUCUCAAACCCAGUGUCCUUUUGAGCUGCUUGAAAACAAUUCCCCCCGUCCGCUCAGUAUUAGCGCGUUCCAGAAUAGGACCCCCGUGCACCCUCAUGAACUCACGGCCCAGAAAACACAAAAAGGGCUGAAUCUGCAUCCAUGGUGGCCUCUGUCCCUGCUCCCACCUUUGUGGCCUCAGACACCUCUGACUGUCCCAGCUGACCCCUGGCCAGUGCUGGCCCCCAGGUCCUGGUUGAAGACCCUUCUCUUCUUCAUCAUCCAGCCCCAGGUCGGAGCCACAGAUGCCUCCUGGCACCCUGGCCGCCUCUGGUUUGUUCCUGUGCCUUUCCUACCAGAGGGGCUCCAACAGCAACUUGGCUCUGCUCGGAAAGCCCACCUCCAACUUGGACCUCAUGUUCAAAAGUCACGUUCACCUCUAAGAACACUCACCCAUUUGGAGCCCACAUCACAGGCGGAGUUGCUGCCGACCAUCACACAACCACACCCCUUGACCCAGAACCCUCUCCACCUCCUGAGCGUGGACUCCACGCCAAAGGACAAUCAUGACCAAGACCUCCUAUCCAGGGGACAAGCUCUCCCAAGCCCUCCAGCCCCACCGCACGGGCAUCUUGCCAGGAGCUGACGAUGAGAAGCCGGCUCCUUCCAGAAGGGAGGAUCUGGGAAGAAGAGAUAACAGGGUAUUGGGGGUCACUGGGGAAAAUACAUCCUGGUGAUCUGGGGGCCAGAGGUGCCUGCAAGAUGGAUGGGCUAGGAAGAGGGCUUCUCCACUAGCCCCGUUCGAGGCUCGGAGCAGCAGGUCCACUUUCUAGAGAGGCAGAUCUUUCUAGCGUGGUCCACACACUGUAUGAGCAGCUCCGGGAGGAACUGAGUCCCCUGGCUCUGGGGAAAUCUCAGAAAAGGCUGGAUGGUGUUUGUGGACCAGUGUGCAUCAUCUCCCACCUCCCAUUUUACCUAUAAACCUGGUCAUUCUCCAGGUGGCUCUUCAGACUCUGCUGCUCAGCAAGUGUUUGGGGGUUUGUCUGAGUGGGCCCACGAUUUUCUAAGCUGAGGACCUUGGCCCCAGCCUCCGUGGAAAUGCUGGAUGCUUGUCAACUGGACAGAAGCAAGCUCGCUUCCCAGUGACGGGAAGUGCUGGUGGCAUUCAGUGAGCCUCACGUGGAUAACUUGACCUACCCCAAAUGCCCACCUGUCUCCUGCCCUGAGAGACACAGGGUCUCCAAGCAGGCUUGGGCCUGAGAACUCCACCGCAGGGCCCCCUGAGCUGAGCCAGGGGCAUUUCCUGGGUCCCCCGCUUCCUCAGCCUGUGAGGCCGGACCCUUAGGAGGUCUGGUGGACGUUUUGUAAUUUUUGCUUCCAAUCUG